UUGUCCUGAGUUCCAGGACUUUCGUUUUCCGCUGAAGCACAGGCGCUCCUCCCUCUGCGCUCAGAGAGCAGGAAGCUGGCACAAUCAGCAGCUGCGUGUUUGUUUGUUGGACUUAAUAAAGGGGGGACAGAAGAUAGUUCAGAUAAGAAGACAUCUACCUGUAUAUGCGGGAAGUUACGAGAACUUCUAAAGCUCUUGUUGCCGUGCAUGAUUAGUGGACACAAGCUGCUCAAUCGCAGCGAGAAUCCGAAAGUGGAGAUAAACUGAGAGGGGGACCCCCGGCGCAAAUGGCCUCCCACGCCUCACAGCCGGAGGAAGACUGCACUUGUCCCGUGUGCUGUGAUUUAUUCACCGACCCGGUGGUGCUGCUGUGCGGCCACAGCUUCUGUAAGCUGUGUAUUCAGGGGUGGUGGAGACAGAGCGGUCAGAAUACGUGUCCCGUCUGCAAGGCCAUUUUCCCAAUGGCGCAGCCGCCGCCAAACCUGGCGCUCAGGAACCUGUCUGACGCCCUGAGGCGCACUAGAGACCAGGCAGCAGCGCCAGCGUCCACGGAGAUGUGCCCCCUGCACGGUGAGAAGCACAAGCUGUUCUGCCGGGAGGACCUGCUGCCCAUCUGUGUGGUCUGCAAGGAGGCCAAGACGCACAGGAGACACAACUGCGUCCCCCUGAGUGAAGCAGCGCAGGACUACAGGGCCAGAUUCAAGACACAGCUGGUAAACUUGAAAAGUAAACUGGGCUCAUAUGAGAAGAGUAAAGUGAGCUGGGACAAGGUGGCUGCGCACAUCCAGGCUCAGCAGACGGAGAAGACCAUCAAGGUGGAGUUUCAGAAGCUUUACAAGUUCCUGCGAGCAGAGGAGGCCGCCAGGAUCGACGCGUGCCGGAAGGAGGAGGCGCAGAAGAGUUUGGCAAUGAGCAUAAAGAUCCUGAACCUGACUGCAGAGAUACUGACACUCAAAGAGAAGAUCAAAGCCAUGGAGGAGGAGAUGAGCGCAGAGGACUUCUCAUUUCUGCUGAAUGUCAGAACCACAAUUGUGAAAUCCAAGUGCAAGCUACCAGAGGUAGACACUCCAUCAGGAGCGCUGAUCAACCAAGCCAAGCAUAUUGGGAACCUGCAGUUCUCAGUUUGGAAAAAAAUGGCCAAAAUAGUGCAGUACAUAACUCUGGAUCCCAACACGGCCUGCACACAGCUGACCGUAUCAGACAACCUGACUUGCUCCGAAAAAAGUCAGAAGAAACAACCAUAUCCAGACAACCCUGAAAGGUUGGGACGUUAUGACAUUCUUGGGUGUGCAGGCUUUGCAUCUGGUAAAUACAGCUGGGAUGUGGAAGUGGGCGGUUACUGGGCUGUUGGCGUGGCGGCUAAAAACAAAGAUCAAAGUUCUCAAAAGAUAUGGGGCAUCUACAUGUGCAUUUGCACUAAUAUUGUGCGUGAAUUAACACCUGAAUGUUGCUUGAGAGAAGUUGAGCACAAGUUGUUCCCUCAAAAGGUGGGAGUGAAGUUAGAUUAUGACAGAGGGACGCUGUCAUUUUAUGACCUUUCUCGAAAAAGGCUUAUUCAUACCAUCAAAUACACUUUCACAGAAGAAGUGUUUCCCUACUUCCGUGAGAAAGCAAAACUUUUACCAGCUGAAUUGUCAGUGAAAAUGUCGGCCAGCAGCCCAGGGAUGAAAACUGGCGCCCAAUAG